UUUUGAACACUCGCUUGCGAUGCUAGGAAACGAUAGAAAUGUGAAGAUAGCGAGGUUUUAAUGCAAAGCCUUGGGUAGUGGGCGGACAGGACUUUCCUGGCGUUCACGCCUCAUACUCCUGCUCAUGAGUCAGACUCCACAAAGUGAAGUCAGCAGUCUAACUUACUCGUCUUGAGCGGACUGACGGUACGACUCCACGCAAUCUUAAAAGCAGAUACAUAUUGUAAUGUUGAGAAACAUUUGAUGGCAGUGGCACAAAACAAAAGACGGGCAGCGAGCAAGAAUGAGAAGAAGAUGUGCUGUCUUACACUGGUUAAGAUGCAAGUUCUAUGUGUUUGUUGUGUCAUUGUUUGUCGUGCUGAAGCUGGUGUACAUCAAGAUUUCAAUGGACAACAGUAUUUACAUCGAGCCCUAUGGAUCUACACCUAGAUCACUCAGAGCUCAGCCUCUGAAUGGUAUUAACUGCACAGCCAUUUAUGAACUGGAACCGGUGGAGAUUGGCAAGUCAUUGGAGUUAAGACGCAAAAACAUUGUGGAAGUCAAUGAUGGGAGUAUCGUUUCUUUCACUGCAGACUGCAAAAACUACAUCGAACAGAGGGGUUAUAAUGAGGUCAUUGUAACAGAUGAGGAAUGCAGCUUUCCAAUUGCAUACUCUUUAGUGGUGCACAAGAACAGCGCUAUGGUGGAAAGGAUUCUUCGAGCCAUCUACACACCUCACAAUAUUUACUGCAUUCAUUAUGACCAAAAGUCCUCAAACAAAUUUAUCGCAGCAAUGAAGAACUUGGAAAAAUGUUUUCCAAAUGUCUUCAUAGCCUCUAAAAUUGAGUCCGUGCAGUAUGCACAUAUUACCAGACUUAAUGCAGAUCUCAACUGCCUUUCAGACCUUCUAAGUUCAGAGGUCAAAUGGAAGUAUGUUAUCAAUUUGUGUGGCCAAGACUUUCCACUCAAGUCCAAUAAUGAGCUGGUAACUGAGCUCAGUAAACUGAACGGUGCAAACAUGCUCGAAUCAAGCAGGCCCAGCGAAAUGAAAAAAAAGCGAUUUCAGUUUCGGUAUGAACUGAAAGACGUGUCAUAUGAAUACCAUAAAAUGCCAGUUAAGACAGACAUUGCUAAAGACCCACCACCACAUGACAUUGAGAUGUUUGUUGGGAGUGCUUACUUUGUCUUGACACAUGAUUUUGUGUCAUAUAUUAUGACCAAUCAACUGGCAAAGGAUUUUCUGCAGUGGACAGCUGACACAUAUUCUCCUGAUGAGCACUUUUGGGCAACGAUGGCCAGAGUGCCUGGAGUUCCUGGAGAGAUUGGGAGAUCUGAGCCUGAUGUGACAGACCUGAAGAGUAGGACACGUUUGGUUAAAUGGAACUAUCUUGAAGGCCGUUUGUAUCCACAGUGUACCGGCACACACAGACGCAGUGUCUGUAUCUAUGGUGCAGCAGAGCUCCGGUGGCUUCUGGAGGACGGCCACUGGUUUGCAAACAAGUUUGAUCCCAAAGUUGACCCUAUCAUUAUUAAAUGUCUUGAAGAGAAACUUGAGGAGAAGCAGCAUCAACAAUGCCUGAAAAAAGUGUCUUGAAAAGAAGGACUUUCUUUUUGGGCCGUGUUUUGGUCAAAAAAUGUACGUUUGUUCAAAGCACCACACUGUUAAAAAUAAAUGUAAUUUUACAGGUAAUCGUCUGUAUUUUUUACAGAAUUUUCCCGUUUUUCAUUAUACAAUAUAAUACCUGUUAUUUUACAGAUAUUUGCUGUAUUUUAAAGUUCUACCAUUAUAUUUACAGAUAAUUGCUUGUAUUUUGGUAUCAAAACAAUUUUCCGAUUUUAAAAGGACAUUUUCUGUAUUUUUACAGAGUAAUGUGUAAUUUUAUAUAAAAUGUUAUAUAAUAUUUACAGAUUUUUCCUGUAAAAAUCAACAGUCAGUCACUGUGUACUGUCCAAUUAUUUCGAUAAAAUUUUAUUUUGAUGCUUCGGGAAACAUUUGAUUUGUUUAAAGUUUCAUGCCAAAAAGUAUAGUAUUGCAGCAGCAUCUAUGGGCAUUCUUUAUUAUAAAUCACUGCAUUAAAAAUGAAUAGUGAGGUUACAGUGUACCCUUGCCUAUUUACUUGAAAUCAUUUAUACUAUAUUCAAAGAAAUGCAAAAUAAAUUAUGGAAUAAUCUAAUAAUCUGUUGCCUAUUCAAAUAAAGAUUUGUGCAUUUUAACAAAUACCAGCAAAUAUUUACACAGCAUAACUGAAACAGCUUUAUUUCAACAUUUAAUGACAUCCAAACUUUUAUUCAACAAAAUUUAUUCAGAGGAAUAUGUAUUUGUUUCAUAGACUGUAUAAAAACAGAUUUGUUUAUGUGUGUGUGUGCACAAGUGAUGACGCAGUUUCAAAUUGGCAGCCAAUACUUUUCCGUUUAGUCCCGCCCACAAUGCAGGCUGCAAGGCUGCUGUCUACUCAUCGACAGUAAUUAUGGAAGGGCGAGCGGAUGAUUUGAAUUAAUUUCAGGCUAUCCAUUAGGAGCUGUGUGAGAGCUGUGCAAGAGGUUCUUUUUUGUGUAUAAUUUUCAGUUCCUAUGUGGUAAAGGGUGAAUAAACAAACCAAGGACCAUUUAAAACCAAAAUCAGUGUAAAACAGCUGCAUGAAAAGAUGUCUGUGAAUUUUAUUGUAUGAGAAGCACUUUUAAAGAAA